UCCCCCCUCUCCUAUAUGGACGCCAUCACAAUUCUGGGCUUGGUCUACUGGCUGAUCUGCCUGAUUUUGUUUGGACCGCUGAUGUUCUUUGUCUGCGUCUACCUGCCCGAAGUUCCGGUUCGAUAUGUGAAGAGUCUGAGGCAGCAGACUUGAGUGCCAUUCAGCCCACUUGACCAAGAAAUAUCCAAGUCCGUAGUACAUAAAUUAAUCAAGCCAUAGCUGAAAUGAUGUUGAUGUACAACCGAUCGAUUUGUAAUAAAAAACUACUCAAAAAUUCAUUUAACUUAAA